AUGGCGUUCUAUCCCUUGCAAAUUGUUGGACUGGUUCUUGGAUUUCUGGGCUUGGUGGGGACUCUGGCCACGACACUUCUGCCUCAAUGGAGAGUCUCAGCUUUUGUAGGCAGCAACAUCAUCGUCGUUGAAAGGGUCUGGGAAGGCCUUUGGAUGAACUGCGUCCGGCAAGCCAGGGUGAGAUUGCAAUGCAAGUUCUACAGUUCUUUGCUGGCUCUCCCUCCUGUCUUGGAGACAGCCCGGGCGCUCAUGUGCAUAGCUGUUGCUCUUGCUUUAAUUGCUCUCCUUAUUGGUGUCUUUGGCAUGAAGCAAAUCCAGUGCACAGGCGCCAGUGAUAGGGCCAAAGCCUACCUCCUGGGGACUUCGGGAGUCCUUUUCAUAGUGACAGGCAUCCUCGUUUUGAUUCCAGUGUGUUGGACAGCCAAUAUCAUCAUAAGGGAUUUCUACAACCCUGCAGUCCACAUCGGCCAGAAGAGAGAGCUGGGAGCUGCACUGUUCCUGGGUUGGGCAAGCACCGCGGUCCUCUUCAUUGCUGGGGGCCUGCUAUGUGGUUUUUGCUGUUGCAAUAGAAAGAAAUCAAGAUUCAGAUAUCCGGCCCCUGGGUAUGGUUUGACACACAGAGACAACCAAAGGAACAUAACCACUGUUAGUAAAUCCACCACCAGUUAUGUUUAA